AUGUCGAAAUACAAAUCAUCCUAUUCCUACUUCAAAUUAUCGGGAUUCUACUUACCUGCCGAAGAUAUCUGGCGUGGGGUGACAGCAGUAAGCAACGCUGGAAAGAAAAGAGGUCGUGGAAAAGGAACUGGAAAAAAAGUUGCAAAGGAUUUGAACAGAGGCCAAACAAUCGGGCUCGGCAAAAAAAAUUUCAUUUGGCCUGGUCUUAAUGCACCAAUUAUACGAGGAAACGAAAUUACGCAUCAACAAAAACAAUUUGAAAACAUGGAUAGAGAAAACAGCAUCAUUAGUUUGCGUGACUCAAUGGGAAAUUUCAAACUCAUGAAAUUAAAUCCAAUAGAUCGAGGUUGGUCGGGAACAAAAAUGCCAGGUCGUAGCAUUGGGCCACCAGAUGCAGUUGGAGAAGAGAAUUUUAAGUUAUUCGAUACGCGUGUAUUAGAGAAUAAAAUAGUAUUUAUAAUGAAAGGCAAUAUGGGGAGAAAAAGACGAUACUCUGUUCUAUCUGUCACAGGAAAUAAAAAUGGAUUAGCUGGAUUCGCAACAGCUAAAGCGCCUGAAGUUCGAACCGCCCUGCGGAAAUCAAGAAAUCGUUCGGGACAGAAACUUAUUAGCAUUGACCUUUAUGAAAAUAGAACUAUUAAUCAUGAUUUUUAUACUGCCUUUGGUAAAACUAAAAUUUUUGUAUUUAAAAAACCGGAAGGGUAUGGUUUAGUAUGUCACAGGGCAAUACAAACGAUUUGCAAAGUUAUAGGGAUACAGGACCUAUAUGCAAAAAUUGAAGGCUCAACAAAUCUUCAGCACAUUGUGAAAGCAUUUUUUAUCGGGCUCAUGCGACAGAAAUCAUAUAACGAUAUAGCGAAUGAAACUAAAUUGCAUGUUGUUGAACGUCAAAUGGCAAAGAAUGGAUUUACAGAAAUUAAAGCAAGUCCCGUCCAAGAUUUACAGAUUUCCGAGAAUAAUCGAUUUAUCGAUUUUAUGCAGUUCACUUUGGGAAAUAAAAUUGUAUUAAGGAAAAAAAAAAUACCCCCUUAUUAUGUAAACUCUAAAGGUCAUCAUUUAUUUGAAUGUAAAGCAGAACGAUUUAGAAAUCAAUCAAAUGUUCGCUUGCACAAAUUGGUAAAUUGUUAUAUGUAAACAUAAUAAAACGUU